UUUGGUGACGUCAUCUCAACCAGAAAUUUUUUCUCCCUUUUUCUUUUGGCUUCCACCGUCCACCCACGAUGACCACAACCACAACAACUGCCGAUCCUUUCUUAUUCGUCUCUUGCAGCAAAACCUCCCUUCUCACUUCCCCGACACAACAUAACACUUGACAUUAAUCAUGAUGUUUGCUUCUUCUGCUGUUCGUGCUGCCAGUCGGCAAAUGGCGACCCGACGAUUCGCUUCCACGGCGGCCAAGACCAUGGCGCAACAAUCCUCUUCCAACUCGUCUCGGUUGGUCGCUCCCUUCAUGGCGGCCGCUGGGUUGGCCGUGGCCGCUACCAUGAUCCAACAGCGUGAGAACAAAACGCACAACUUGAUCUUUGGAAACUCUGAUGCCGUCCAAAAGGCCGUCAAGGAAGUGGAGGACAAGUUUGGAACCUACUGGCCUCGCAAUAUCCUCAUCCUCUUUGGACCUCCAGGAGCUGGCAAGGGAACCCAUGGUCCCAAAGUCGAAGACAUGAUGGGCAUUCCUCAAUUGUCCACGGGAGACAUGCUUCGUGCUGCCGUGACCAACAAGACCGAAGUUGGAAAAAAGGCGGAAGCCAUCAUGAAGGCGGGUGGACUCGUCAGUGAUGAUAUUGUCGUGGGAAUCAUCAAGGAUCGUAUCAAGGAACCCGACUGCAAAUUUGGAUUCAUUCUGGACGGAUUCCCCCGUACCCUCAAACAAGCCAAGGCACUCGAUGCCAUGUUGGCAGAUGAGGGGGCUGUGGUCACCAAAGUCGUCGAACUGCAGGUCCCAGACUCGGUUCUCGAAGAACGAAUCUGCGGACGCUGGAUUCACAAAUCUUCCGGACGAUCCUACCACGUCAAGUAUGCACCCCCCAAGUCCAUGAAGAAAGAUGCGCAGGGCAAACCCAUCGAAUCGACCAUGCUCGACGAUGAAACCGGUGAAGCACUCAUGCAACGAAAAGAUGACACCGCCAAGGCAUUGGUCAAGCGACUGCAAGGAUAUCACGGUGAAACCGUACCCAUCUUGGAUCACUACAAACCUCACGGGAUUGUCAGGACGGUCAAUGCCAACCAGAAAAUGGAGGGUGUAUGGAGUGAAGUCUUGGAGGCUCUUCAGAGAGGGGGGAAGUAAAUAGUAAAAUGACGUGCAAGAGACCAGAGGCUCCAUGCAAAAUGCCGUGGUGGUAAACAACAAUCAAUGAAGAGAGGCGUUCAUUAUUUUUGACAACUACAUGUAGUGCCAGGAAUGAUACCUAUAAUUCUGUGCUUUCUGCUGUCCAUGGAAGCUCAUCCAUUGCUCAAAAUGGGAUUAGGUGCUGACUACGUUCGCACUCAUCGUCCA